CCACCAUGAGGAACCUGGACAAGAGGGGGUGCCUGGAAGCGGCCGCCGGAGUCACCCUCAACAAGACCCUGGAGAUCAGGCAGUUGGACGUGUGCGAUGAGCAAUCCAUCAUCAGCUGCAUCAACAGCAUCCCCAACCGGCACAUCGACAUACUGAUUAACAACGCCGGGGUGGGGAUGAUUGGCCCCAUCGAAUGCCAGACCAUCGAAGAGAUGAAGGGUGUGAUGGAGACCAACUUCUUUGGUGUGGUGAGGAUGAUCAAAGAGGUGCUGCCCGAUAUGAAGAGGAGACGGAGUGGGCACAUUGUGGUGAUCAGCAGUGUGAUGGGCCUGCAAGGAAUUAUGUUCAAUGACAUCUACACAGCCUCCAAGUUUGCCGUGGAAGGAUUCUGCGAAAGCCUUGUCAUACCAGCACUGAAGUUCAACAUCUUCAUCAGCCUGAUAGAGCCUGGCCCCGUGGUGACAGAGUUUGAGACAAAGAUCUAUGAAGAUGCAGAGAAUGCAGAUUACUCCAUGACAGACCCUGAGACGGCAGACAUGUUCACUGACCUCUACCUGAAGAACUCCAAGGCAAUUUUCUCCAGCCUGGGGCAGACUCCCAGUGACAUAGCAGAGCACACGCUGGGGGUGAUCAGUGCCGCCAAGCCACCCUUCCGCCACCAGACCAACGCCUUCUACACACCCAUGACGGCCCUGAAACAUGCCGACCCCACUGGAGCCCUGAUGACCGACACCUUCUACAAGAUGGUCUUCAAGUAUGACAUGCUCUUGCACAUCAGCCUGAAGGCCAUCAAGGUGAUCCGAUGGCAGGCCCAGAAGAUGAGGCAGGGGGUGAAGAUGCUCAGCUUCAGAUAGACCCUGGGAACCGGGGUGAAGGGGUGGAAAGUGGGCUCAGGUGCAGUAGGGCUGGAAAAAGGCUGGAGAUGCUCAAUGAUCAAGGGGUUCAGUGGACAUGUGCCUCUCAGAGAUGGACCGAGACCUUCUGGCCCACCGAACCAUACACUAACCCAAUAUGGCUUCAUUUUAUAGGGUGCCCUUUGCACAAGAUGUACCCAAAAUAGUAGGGAGAAGGACAAGUGAAGAGGCAUGGGCUAUUGUGGGGUGGGGGGAGUAAGAGGUUGUAGCUGACAGCUAGAGGCACUCAGGGGAGAAGGCUUUUGAUGCAACAGGAAUGAGCUUCUGUGGGAGGGACAAGUGCUAGGAAAACAGAGGUAGGAGGGGAGUGAAGAGGAGCAAGGGUCUUGAUUCUCCUCAGAGCCCACUGAGCUAAUAGGACCCGCUCCUGAAGGUACGUGCAAUCAGAGUCAGUAAGCAAGGCAGGGCCGAGUGAUGGCCUUUUAUGCUUGCUUGUUACCAGCCUUAGCUGGAUUUGAACCUGUGAUCUAGAGGCACAAGAUUUUCCUUCUCCAACUAACAGCCCUUGGAACAAACUUAUACUCCCCCAAGUACUGUAAUUUUAAAUAGCAGCAAAUAGUAAGAGGGGCUGCUGCUUUAAAGGCAGAAGGAAAGUGCCUUUAUUCUUGCAGCUGGAUGUGAUAUAAAAGCCAAGAGCUGCCAUGCAAACUAGAGUCCUACUUGCCCACAUCCAGUCCCCAUCCCACUGCUGUCCCCCAGCCAGCCCAUGAGCACCAACAGAUGUGCCAAACUGAGGGCGUGACACUCAGUUGUAAUACUUGGCUUUUUGGACCAGGUGCAUAAGCAGAAGGUGCAUGAUUGUUAAAAGAAUCAUAGAGAGCUUGAGUGAACGAUGCCCAAUACAAGUGUAGCUGUAGGACUGCAGAAGUCCUUGCUCUGUCUCCCAUCUCCAGCCUAAUCUAAAUUACACAAACUUCCAGAGAUGCCUUUCAGGAAAACUUAACGAGACUUGGUAUCACCUCUUUGGAAGUCUUCCAGAAGGACUCCUCCAGUAUGCAUAAGAAUGGCCAGACUGGGUCGAUCAAAGGUCCAUGUAGCCCAGUAUCCUGUCUUCUGACAGUGGCCAAUGCUAGGUGCCCCAGAGGGAAUGAACAGAACAGGGAAUCAUCAA